ACUUUACGUCAAGAAAUGAUGGCAGUAGGACUUUUAAUUUUAAUACUUAACUUUCAAUUAGUAAAGGGAAAACUUGAAGGUUUCAUAGUCGGGGGUUCUGUGGUUGAAUCUAUAAAAAAAUUCCCUCAUGUUGCUUUUUUGAAUUUGGAAGUUCCUGAUUCGAAACUAGAAUUUAUAUGUGGGUCAUCUAUACUGAACCAAUUGAUUUUGUUAACUGCUGCGCACUGUUUGGAUGGCAUUACAAAAGGUACAGUUUCUGUGGGUAACGUGUAUAGGGAGAAUGGAACGCUGUACCGUAUCGCGAGCUUCAGGCUACACGAGCAGUGGAAUUCUGAUGAUCUAGUAAAUAACAGUGACGACAUAGCUCUGUGUAAAGUGAAGAAACCGCUGAUAUUGGGAUCGAACGUGAAGAGGGUGGUGUUGAUGAAGGACCCACCGAAAGCGGGAACAGCUGACUUGGCUGGGUGGGGUGCAACUGACGAAAAGUUCUAUACUGAAUCAAUACAGCUUAAGCACACAAAACAGAAGCUGUGGACUCAUCAACAGUGCAGGAAAAUCUUACGCCAGUUACCCAGAGGAGCUAUUUGUGGAGGCGAAAGUCGUGCGAGAGAAAAUUUUGCUUCCAAAGGGGACUCGGGCAGCGGGCUUCUAAUUGACAAUCAAAUAAUCGUUGGGCUGGUCUCGUACAAAGACGUCCACGUCUCUCGCAGUCUGAUGAUUUGCACUGAUGUCCCAUACUACUACGAUUGGAUCGUACGCACAUCGCAACGAUUAACAUGCUCUUUUUAUUGAAUGCAAGAAAUAAAAAAUGGAUUUUCUAUAGUUUUAUUAUAUUGGCAUAAUAUCAUAAUUAUCGUCUGAUCCUCCGUCCUAUAGCAUAAUAAUAAAAAACAACCUCAUGGUGAUGUCGACGAGCACGGCCCGCCGUUGCGAUCGAUCUGUUAUCACAAUGUCAGGAUUGGCUACAAUAGUCCUGUCAGAAAUCAACAACAACCUCACUUAAAUAUUGAAAUAUAAAAAUCCUCGCUAUUUUAUGUGCGGUGGGCAUGAUAAAAUAUAUGUUUUGAAAAAGUAUACUUUACAAUAUUUCAGGCAUAUUUAAAACUGUCAAUAUUUAUGCCCAAUUACUGCUUUGUAGCAGUA